AUGCCACAGUCAGCUUCCGAUCAGACCCUCGCGCCGCUCCUACGAUCCCGUUCAUCAUCAACCCUGGGCUCCCGAAGCUCACGAACCACUAUAAGCGAUGCGAUAUUGAAAACGAAUGUUAAGCACAAGACGCGUGCCCUUCGCGGCAUCGCGUUCGUUGUAGCUAUCCUAGCCGCCCUAUGCGCCGGUUCCAUCACUGUAUUUUCGCUCUACGGCCAUCUAUUCCAAUCCGAACUACAUUACACACAACUACAGAUCAAUGGAAUUGCGAGCGCGAUGAGCAUAUCGAUGUAUAUCCCUGUCCCGGUGAUCGGAUACAUAUGUGAUCGAGUAGGACCCAGCCCGCUCUCCUUAGCAGCUUCGGUCUUGCUUGGAGGAGGCUAUGGUCUGGCUGCGGGUUUAUAUCGCCAAGGUCUGGCGGAAAUAAAUAGUGGUGAGAAGGGUAGGACUACAUUCGCUGCUAUGGUAUUUGCCUUUGUGAUCAUUGGUGUUGGUACAUCAUGCAUGUAUCUAGGUGCCAUCACUACAUGUGCCAAGAACUUUGGCAAAGGCAAAUACCGAGGCUUGUUGCUAGUUGCCCCCAUCGCAUCGUUUGGGCUUGGUGGUAUGGUUCUCAGUCAAAUUGGUAGUCGACUGCUCUACGAGGCGCAACCGGAUGGAACGAGAGGAGAUGUGAAUGUUUUCCAUUUCUUCUUGUUCCUCUGCAUCAUUUUGGCCGCUAUCGGAAUUAUCGGUACCUUCACAUUGCGAAUUAUAGACGAGGAAGAACUCAUCGAUGAAGCGGUAGAAGAACUUGAGAGGAGCGGGCUCCUUGAAGGUAGCGAAAUCUUCCGCCGCCAGGCUGGUCGAGACUAUGGUACCAUUGAUGGUAUCGACGAAGAUGCCGGAAUCAUGGACCCAGCCAGAGACGAUGAAGAUGAAGAUGACAAUGCGAGGUUGAAAAAGGCGUGGCUUCUUAAUGCGGAAACCAGGAGGUUCUUAUCGGACCAUACAAUGUGGUGGUUUGCUGUGGGCUUCUGGCUUAUCAUCGGACCGGGCGAAGCAUUUAUCAACAACCUCGGUACCGUUAUCGGAACCUUAUACUCCCCGAGCACAAACUCCAACGAAACUACGGCAGCAACUCACGUGUCGAUUAUGGCUACCGUGAGCACAGUUGCCCGCCUUCUCGCAGCGUCGUUAAGUGACCUACUAUCACCUAGUCCCAAUAGCCAACAUCCACAGACCGGAUUCCCCACAUCGCUCCCUACUUUGAGACAAAAGCUAUCGGUUUCGCGUGUAGUUUUAUUCAUUGUCGCCGGAUUCAUACUGUCCCUUGGAACGCUUGUGUUAGCUUCUGGUGCUGUUCAGGAACACGGAGAACGAUUCUGGAUUGUAUCUAGCUCAAUCGGAGCCGGAUAUGGUGCGGUCUUCAGUUUAACUCCUAUUAUUGUCACGAUGAUUUGGGGAGUUGAGAACUUUGGUACCAAUUUUGGUGUCCUCGCACUCACGCCAGCCUUAGGUUCCACAAUGUGGGGUCUCAUCUACUCAGCUGUCUACCAAGCCGGUGCUAGAAAUUCACCUUCGCUGACGGAAGGAGACGGUGAUACAUUCUGCUACGGCAAGCAAUGCUACUCUUCCACAUUCUGGGCCAUGACAGUAUGUGUCUGGGUAGGAACAGGUAUGGUCCUCUGGGCUUGGAAGGGCCGCGAUGGCUGGGCCAAGAGAGGUAUUGUCAUCUAG